CAUGCAAGCAUCCUUACCUGGGACACAUGGAUAGCACAACCUUGAGACACAGCAAGCACUCAUAGCAAGGAGGACUCAAAGGAGGAGUCAAAUAUCAGGAUGUCUCUCAGAACAGAGGGGGCCCAGUGUGGUGGUGUUGCUGUGGAGUUUGACGAUGAUAAUGACAGAGAUUCACCUGUGAUCAAAGCCAGGAAUAUACCACGAUCAGCCCUCAUCUACCUCAAGGGCCCCAAGUUCCUCAUCUAUGUGAGCGGAGCGUUAUCUAUGUGGGGUGAUCUCAUGUGGCACUUCGCCAUCUCUGUCUUCCUGAUUGGGCUGUAUGGGCAUAACCUGCUGUUAACUGGCAUCUUUGGACUGGUGGUGGCCGGAUCGGUGCUCUUAUUAGGGGCUUUGAUUGGAGACUGGGUUGACCGCAAUCCGAGAAACAAAGUGGCCCACGCAUCCCUAUUUAUUCAGAAUAUCUCAGUGACCGUCUGCAGCAUUGUGCUCAUGCUGGUGUUCUCGUACAAAAAGUGGAUUGAGGAAAUCUGGGACGGGUGGCUAACUGUGGUUUGUUAUACGGUGGUGAUCGUCCUGGCAGAUGUGGCGAACCUCGCCAGCACAGCUCUCACCAUUGCCAUCCAGAGAGAUUGGAUAGUGGUGAUCACAGGCUACAACCGUGGUCACCUCGCAGGAAUGAAUGCUACAAUGAGGCGGAUCGAUCAGGUGACUAACAUCCUGGCUCCACUGGCGGUGGGUCAGAUAAUGACCCUGGCCUCUAAUGUGGUUGGCUGUGGCUUCAUCUUAGGAUGGAAUCUGGUGUCCCUCAUUGUAGAGUUCAUCUUCCUCUCCAGAGUCUACCGGAUUGUACCAGCGCUGUCCGUCAAACCACCAGCUAUGGAACAUCAAAGCUAUUUAGAGAAGAAAAGAGAAAGAAAACGCUCACAAGGCAAGACCUCAGCAUGUCCAGCUGCUGCCAUCUCAGAGGAACGCACCAGCCUGCAUUUACAAGAAAUAAGCAGAAUACCAGUGUGCCUCCAUCGGCUGCGUGGGCUCCUCAGCACCUGCUUGGAAGGAUGGAGGGCGUAUUACAGACAGCCUGUUUUCCUCGCCGGCCUGGGCCUGGCCUUCCUUUACACCACAGUGCUGGGCUUUGACUGCAUCACCACCGGCUACGCCUACACCCAGGGAAUCAGCGGCUCGCUGCUCAGCAUUCUGAUGGGUGUGUCGGCUGUGGCGGGGCUUCUGGGUACUGUGCUUUUCACAAAGCUGCGCAAAGCAUGUGGCCUGGUCAACACUGGGGUCAUUUCCAGCGUGCUGCACCUAGUUUGCCUGUUGCUUUGUUUGUGCGCCGUGUUUGCCCCCGGUAGCCCCAUGGACCUCAGCAUGCUAAAUAUGGGGAAUGCAUCAGAUGUGGGAGGGAUGACCGGAGGUCACCAGAGGCACGGAUACCCACUGCGUGGAGGCAGCAACCAGCCUCUGCUGCCAGACCGUUCCUCCAUUCACUGGACCAAUAACACUGUGCUGUUUGAGAACGCGCCAGCAGGGACUGAACCAGAGUCUUACGUCUCCAUCAUCCUGCUGUUCCUUGGAGUCAUUACAGCUCGAGUUGGUCUCUGGUCCUUUGACCUGACAGUGACUCAGCUCUUGCAGGAGACCAUAUGUGAAUCAGAGCGUGGGGUGGUGAAUGGAGUCCACAGCUCCAUGAACUACCUGAUGGACCUGCUGCACUUCAUCAUGGUCAUCUCUGCACCCCAGCCACAACACUUCGGCAUCCUUGUCAUCAUCUCCAUCCUGUUCAUUUUCACGGGACACACCAUGUACUUCCUGUAUGCCAGGAAAGUCAAGAGGAAACCACGUACAAACACAUAAGCAACACAAAUCUCUCUAGUGAACGUGUCUCAAUCCCUGCGCUGUGCCGUGUGUUAAGAUUCACUUACACAAAACGCACUGCAUCCAGCUCAGUACAUUGAAAAAAGCUGUCGCCGUGAUCUCUUCGGAAGAAAGAAAGGGUUUGGCAGCAGCGUAGUACUCAGGUGAACAUAACCAGGAAACAGCGGCUCCUGUUGACAGUCAAAAGAAACACCAUCAUAAUAAACUUCGGCGAGCCAAGAUUUCCUGGAAGUUAAUAAGUGACUUAAAAUGCACACUAUUACAACAAGUACAUAACUGAACAUAGCUGACACAACAUGUUUUCAUGGAUUAUUAGCUAAGUAAACACAUUUUUUGUAAAUCUUCUCACAUAAACAGAAACCAGUUUUUAAUAAAACGCCAGUAAAUGUCUUCUUUUUUUUUUCCAAGAUUACUUAGUAAUUUUGAAAAUUGGUACUUAGCACACAAACUACAAAUCUCUUCUAACAGACAAAAGCUG